GUAACCUUUUAUUUCUGGACAAAAGAUCAUCUGACGUCUUAUCCGGCCGGAAAAUGGACCCUGUAAAUACGGAAGAAAACGACCAGAAAACAGAUUCUAAUGAUGAUCACCUACCGGCUCUUAUACAAAAUGACGUUUUAAAAGAAAGGCUUCAAGACUGGGAUGAAUUGGAAAAGGAUUUCUUGCAAUUAGAACUUGAUCAUGAACAGUACAAGAAGAAGCUGGAUGAAGUUAAAUCUUUGCAGAAGAAAUGUUUAGAAGGCAUAGCACAUCAGCGAUAUAAUAUGAAGAAAAUCACAGAUGCUCUUCAGUCUGUGAGAAAUCCUUCUACUCAUGAACAAGGGGCCAUCAGCAGCCUUCAAGGGAAGAUACUGAAAAGGAAAACUGCCUUUAGAGAUUUUGAAGACCAUCUUCCACAUACAAAUGGGCUGUAUUUGAGUAUCAUCCUGGGCCAGGUGAAUAUCUCCCUCCUCAACAAGGAAGACAAAUACCUCUACAAGCAGGACUAUGAGCGGUUCAAACUCACUCUCAGUUACAUCAUACUGGCUUUCUCCCUUGUCUUGGUCCUUACCAACUACAUCGCCAGCCUCAGCAGUCUACGGUUUGCUGAUUCGGUGCUCCACUUUCUGCUAGUCUGGUACUACUGUACGCUCACCAUCCGAGAACAGAUUCUAAUUGUCAACGGAUCAAGAAUUAAAGGAUGGUGGCUGCUCCAUCAUUUUGUUUCUACAGCGUGUUCAGCAAUCACUUUGAUUUGGCCUGAUGGCUACUCAUACAGAGAGUUUCGAACACAGUAUGGAUGGUUUAUACUCUAUGUUGCGUUUGUGCAGGUGUUGCAGUACUACUAUCAGAAGGGCUGCCUGUACAGGCUGAAGUGUCUAGGGCAACGUCAUGAUAUGGACAUAACCGUUGAGGGCUUCAUGUCCUGGAUGUUCAAAGGGCUGGCUUUUCUCUUGCCAUUCUUGUUUAUUGCCUACCUGUUCCAGCUGUACAACGCAGUGGUGCUGUUCAUGCUGAGCAGGGAUCCACAAUGCACAGAAUGGCAGGUGCUGGUGUUGAGUGUGAUCCACCUGGUGCUGUUUGCUGGAAACAUGAGCACCACGCUGCGCGUCAUACGCCAGAAACUUUCGGACGACUUGAAGAAGAAAAUGAAAUUCCUGAAACACAAGUACCGCUUCAGCAACUCUAAACCUAAGCAGAUAUAAAUGCUUAUUAUGUUUGUAGCAGAAAAAUGCCUUUGCAAAAAGUGAAUAUUUUUGCCAUAUUUGGUGAUUUAUGAAUUUUCAGUUUUUCUAUGAACAGCACAACAAGAAUGUGCAUAUUACAAAUUCUCAUGAUCAGUAUGCUCACAUCAAACUCACAUUUAGUGUUAAGUCACAGUAUGUUAGUCUCAGUUGACACUUAUCAUUAUGGACAUGCUAAGAAAAACUGAUGUUGAUUUUUAAAAAAAAGCUGUAUACGGUUUAGUAAAUAAAUUACAUUUCAUACAAGUAAUUGUUAUUUAUUACUUUUCUUCCAGAAUGAAAUGAUCCACUGUUAUAUUUCUCCUACAAAAUUUUCCAAACUUUCUCUGUAUUUUCUAGAGAACUUGAGAAAAUAUUUAAACUACUGUUUAUCAUGUAUUAUCAGUAUACCUGCAUAUCGUUCAAAUAAUAUAAAAAAAUACCUGUUAUGAUUAAAUUUCGUAAUUUAAAAGUGUUAUUAUGAAUGUAUUAUUGAUGGAAAAUUAAAUCACAUGCUUAAAGUUGGGAACUGGUUCAGCAUUUUACAUUCAUUCACUUUUAAAAUUGUUACCUUCGUGUCAAGAGUUUAUUUAAAUUUACUUGGCAACUUGCCUCUGGUCGAGUUCCAACUGUUUUGAAGUGAUUGAAGUAUAAUAAAAGCUCUACAUAA